GCUGAGCACGCCGCCGCCCUCCCUGCGGCCAUGGCCUGCGGGCCCCGAAGCCCGCCUGCCUACCGGAGCCGCUGCGACCGAGGCGUCAGCCCGCCGUCCCCUACGAGGUGGAGCCUCGGGCGGAAGCGCAGAGCGGACGGGCGGCGCAGGAAGCCCGCGGACGCAGAGGAGGACCAGCGCCCGGCCGAAGACCGCAGGUCCGAGAGCUUUACCACUCCUGAAGGCCCUAAGCCCCGUUCCCGGUGUUCAGACUGGGCCAGUGCAGUUGAAGAAGAUGAGAUGAGGACCUGAGUUAACAAAGAAAUUGCAAGAUAUAAAAGAAAACUCCUUAUAAAUGACUUUGGAAGAGAGCGGAAAUCAUCAUCAGGAAGUUCUGAUUCAAAAGAGUCAAUGUCUACAGUGCCAGCUGAUGUGGAGACAGAGGAAAGUGUUCUGAUGCGAAGACAGAAGCAGAUCAACUACUGAAAGAACACUGUUGCUUAUGAUCGCUAUAUUAAAGAGGUCCCUAGACACCUUUGACAACCUGGCAUUCAUCCCAAGACCCCCAACAAAUUUAAGAAGUACAGCCGGCGGUCAUGGGACCAGCAGAUCAAGCUCUGGAAGGUGGCUCUGCACUUUUGGGAUCCUCCACCUGAAGAAGGGUGUGAUUUGCAAGAAAUACACCCUGUAGACCUUGGGGACAUGGAGACUGAAUCCACUGAAAGCAGCUCUGAGUCCCAGACGAGCUCACAGGAUAACUUUGACAUGUAUGCUGGCACACCCACCAAAGUCAGGCACGUGGACUGCCAAGUGGAGGACGAAUUUGAUUUGGAAGCUUGCUUAACUGAACCCUUGAAAGACUUCUCGGCUAUGAGCUGACUGCCACCUGGUGGCCAACAGGAG